ACGCGUUGUGCUCGACGCACGUGUGUUUCGGUUCUUCCCUUUCGAUUAUGAAAUUAUUGUGAGUGAUAGUGAAGUUUAGUGAACUUUGUGACGGUAAAUAAACAAUAUGUUUCCGAGAAUACAAGGAUUGUUCCAUUCUGUGACGGACAAGAGGUCCCAGAACAACGAUUGUGGAGAGAACAGUGUCACAAUUGUGACCGAGAAGAAGAUAGAAGAUGAUACUUCAGAUUCUUCUAGCAGUGAAAAUGUCGAAAUAGAAGAUAAAUCUCUUCCAUUAGUGGAGAGUAAUUUGGAGACUCAAUCAGAGGGGCAUUCCGCCCAAUGCGCAUGUCCCAAUUGCGAUGAAAUACUAUCAAGAUAUUCCGAGUGCAGUAUAUGUUUGGAACCAUUACAGUGUUGCGGACCCUGUGUCUGCCCAUGGUGUGGUGGGGUAUGGUGCAAUCGUUGCUCCCGUCGGAUGACCAGGUGCGCAUGGUGCAGAGGAGUUUUAAGAACUCCUGCCACCCCCUGCCUGGCCCUACAACGUCUGAUCAAUGAUCUAAUGCUGCCGUGUAGAAAUUACAGACGAGGCUGCACCGAACUCCUCACAGCAAACAACAGAGUCAAACACGAAGAAGAAUGCAAGCACGAUACAAUGGUGUGUCCGAUCACAGCCACUUGCAGCUCCGUCCCCUUCGAAGAACUCUCAGCCCACCUCCAAUCCGCACACAACAUCAUCGCCGUCUACUCCCAAAAGAUCAAAAUCCUCAUAGAAAACUUCCAAACGAAACUGAAGAAAACGGCCUGCUGCAGGACAAAGUACAAAAUCAUACUCCUCUAUCAAAAAAGCGCUUUCAUCAUCAAAGUCUGCAUUUACAACUACCACGUCAAAGUCGAAGUCAUGAGGCGGAAACUGGGUCACAUCGCGGACGUGAAAUCAGAAGGCAAAAGAAGCGAUUACUGCGCUUUAGUAGAAUUUCAGAGUAAAGCGCUGUGUACCAAAUCAGCAAUACUUAUUGAGAACGAGGCUUACAGUAAGAAAGCCGAGGUUCAGUGGAGUGAUGUCGUCAUGAAAUCCGAGAAUGAUGAAGCUAUAACCAUCCAUGUUAAUAUAGGGAAAACUGAUAGCGAUUCAACUGUAAAGGAAAUUAUUCAAACGUGAUAUAUGUGACUGAGAUUGUGAUAUUAGACGUUUCAAUGGCGGAUAUUGUAUGCAUUACGUAUUUUGAUGCAGUGUUCCUAUUUGAAUUAUUUCUUAAUGUUUUAUGAGUAUUCAUAGGUUAUGGUCAACUAUCGUAUUUAUUUGAUUUUUAAUUUUAAUAGUUUUGCUAGUCAUUAUUGAUUUAAAUAUUUUUAAAUGCGUUUUAAAGUAUUGUAUGUUUUUCAAACACGUUCCUAAAUGUAUUAUUGGAAAAUAACACUUUUAGAUAUUUGGCCAUAUUAUAAGGUAUUACGUAACAUUCCAUUUUAUAAACAGUGUUUUCAUGUGACUUUAAAGAUGUGACUGAUGAUAUAAAAAUAUAAGUCUUGUGAAUAUUUUUUUUUAAUAUAGGAUUUUAGCA